AUGGAACCAAUAGCCCCCUUUUUCCACACUCACCGUCAGGCCGCGGCGUCCAAGGAGCUGAGAGCCUACGAAGCCGCAAUAGAGGACGCGAUGGGUGCUGGGGUGAGUGUGCUGGCCCCGUCCGUGCCCGCGUACGACUGGCUGUACCCUGAGUGCGUCUUCUUUGCCUCCACCAUCAUCACGACGAUAGGGUACGGUAACCAGGCUCCCGUCACCCUCCCUGGCCGCGUGUUCUGCAUCCUGUACGGGUUUGUGGGCAUCCCUCUCACGCUGUCCGUCAUCCAGGCCCUCGGCACUUUCUUCGCUAACGGGGCGUCUAGCGUCUACCAGCGCCUACGACGAGUGGUGACGUGCACGCCGCUGGAGAGCCUGAAGAAGAAGGGCAGCAGGGGGGCGGCCGUGGUGGGUGCGGUGGGGGCGCUGCUGGUGUACCUGGCGGUGGGGGGCGCGUUCUUCACCCUGUGGGAGGAGGACUGGACCUUCUUCGAGGGAUUCUACUUCUGCUUCAUCACCAUGACCACCAUUGGGUUAGGAGACCUCGUGCCCGGUGAGUAUGUUAGAACAUAAGAACAUAAGAACAUAGGGAAACUGCAAGAGGCCGGGUGGCCUACACAGGGCAGCUCCAGAAUCCCCCCCACUACUCACGAUGGGUGAGGUGUAGUUACAGGGGUUACAGGUAGAGGCUUGAUCCUCGUUAUACCGGCGGUACUAGGCACGCAUCCAGUACCCCGUCACCCUACUGCACCCACACCUCACUGCCACCUGUCGUCCUCGUCCAUGUAGCUAUCCAGUCUACUCAUAAAACAAGCACUAACUAUGUGAUUGCUGAGUCUAUUCCAUUCCCCCACCACCCUAUUACUAAACCAAUGCUUGCCUAUAUCUCCUAAAUCUAUACUUUUCUAAUUUAAAUCCAUUACUGCGAGUUCUAUCCUGCUGGCUAAUUCUCAGUACUUUACUUAUAUCGCCUUUGUUGUAACCCUUGACCCAUUUGAAUACUUCUAUCAGAUCUCCCCGCACUCUUCGGCCCUCUAGUGAAUGUAAGUUUAGAUGUUUCAGCCUAUUUUGAUAUGGGAGGUUCCUCAGCCCCUGAAUCAUCUUGGUCAUCCUCCUCUGAACUGAUUCUAGCAAGUUGAUGUCCAUUCUGUAGAGGCAGCUCCUUUGACCCUAAGGUCCCGUGUAUCUAACCCCACCUAAUAUCGCUGUCCAUGAAUUUAUCUAGUCUAUUUUUGAAUGUGACAAUUGUAUUGGCACUCACCACGUGACUGCUAAGC